CUCCACCCUAGAAAACAAGUUCCAGCGCAGGUUCCCAACAUGGCGGCCGCGUCUCCGCUGUGAAGUUUCCCCGCAGCCCGAACUCCAGCAGCCCGCCAUCUAAACCCAGCGGGAGUCAGCCGGAGGCAGGAAGCCAUGCGAAUCCGUCAUCGCGGCUCAGUGUGAAAGUUGAGAGUUUGUCGGGUGAAGCUAGCCUGUUAGCGCUGAGGCGGCUCGGUUCUGUUCGCUCUCUCACUUCACACAGUUUGGCGAACAGAGUCCAAGUUCCGAGGUGAAGACGUGAACCCGAAGGCAGAGAGAGCGAGAGAGUGUGUGUGUUUUGUUCGGUUCGGUCCGGUCCGGUUGUUGUGGUGGUGUUCGGUCGCGCUGAGGGAGGAUGGCCCAGUCACCGGUCCCGGUUCAAGUUCCCGGAAUGCAGAACCCUCGAGCAGAUCCUGAGGAGCUCUUCACUAAACUGGAGCGCAUUGGGAAGGGAUCGUUCGGAGAGGUGUUCAAGGGCAUCGACCGCCGCACACAGAAUGUGGUGGCCAUCAAAACGAUUGACUUGGAGGAGGCUGAGGAUGAGAUCGAGGACAUCCAGCAGGAGAUCACCGUGCUGAGCCAGUGUGACAGUCCACACGUCACAAAGUACUACGGCUCGUACCUGAAGGGCAGUAAGCUGUGGAUCAUAAUGGAGUAUCUGGGAGGAGGAUCAGCUCUGGAUCUGUUGCGGGCCGGGCCGUUUGAUGAGUACCAGAUAGCCACGAUGCUGAAAGAGAUUCUGAAAGGCCUGGACUACCUGCACUCUGAGAAGAAGAUCCACAGGGACAUCAAAGCUGCCAACGUGCUGUUGUCCGAGUCUGGAGAGGUGAAGCUGGCGGAUUUUGGUGUGGCAGGGCAGCUCACAGACACACAGAUCAAAAGGGAGACGUUUGUGGGAACACCGUUCUGGAUGGCCCCGGAGGUCAUUCAACAGUCUGCUUAUGACUCCAAGGCUGAUAUCUGGUCUCUGGGUAUCACUGCUAUCGAGCUGGCCAAAGGAGAGCCGCCCAACUCGGACAUGCACCCCAUGCGAGUUCUGUUUCACAUCCCGAAGAACACGCCCCCGACCCUCAACGGGGACUUCUCCAAGUCCUUCAAGGAGUUUGUGGACUUGUGUCUGAACAAAGACCCUGCGUUCAGACCGACUGCGAGGGAGCUACUGAAGCACAAGUUCAUUGUAAAGAACGCCAAGAAGACGUCCUACCUCACGGAGCUGAUUGACCGGCUGAAGCGCUGGAAAGCCGAGGGCCACAGUGACGGGGAAUCUGACUCCGACUCGGACUCAGAGCCGAGCACGAGAGAGAACGACUCGCCCCCCGCGUGGUCCUUCACCACGGUCCGUAAGAAACCUGACAAACCGUCCAAUGGAAUGGUGUCUCUCGAGCAAGCGGUACAGAAAAAGUCAGCCAGUCUGUCCACCGUUAUCAGUCCGGUGUUUACUGAGCUGAAGCUGCAGCACAGAGAUGGAGACGUGAGGAGGAGCGUGAUCGAAGAUCUGGAGAAGAGUCUGCAUGCUGCUGAGGACGUCUGCCCCGGAAUCACAGACGAGAUGAUCAGUCACAUCCUCGAGAGGGUGCACAGGUUCUCGGCGAGUUAGUUCAGUGUGGAAUUAAAACGAACGUCUGAUUUUAAGAAGCUGGACGACCAAAACAGCUACAGGGCUUCUACAAUCUCAGCUCUUCCUGUUCACUGAACACUUAAUAUUUACAACACACACACACACACACACACACACACACGGCCUCUCCACACACAGGGACAGGAGGGACUCAGGUCACACACACUAUCGUAACCAAAAAAGGAUUUUCCUUUUUCAUGAGAUAUUAACUUGUGUAAUUGUAUUUAUAUAGAAUUUUUUUUGCCAUCUGCUUUCGUUUUAGAUUUUAGCUGCUGCCCAAUGACGUUACUGUUAUUUUAGAUUAUUUUACUACGACCAAUUGUGAGUCACAAAUAUGCCGACAGGUUUUUUGCUGAGCGUUAGACUUCAGUUCACACACCUCUAUAUACUUGUUGACAGUCUGUGAUACUUUAUGCUUCUAUCAGUAAUAUUUAUGUGUGGGGAAGUUGAUUUGAACUUUUUAUGCCUUUUUUUUUUUUUUUUUUAAAUGAGGGUAGAAUUUCUGUUAUGCAUUCUGUUACGUGUAGCAUUAAUAACUGCUGUAUGGGGAAAACUUUCAUAUCACGUUAAAACAAAAAUACCUCAGAUAAAGCAAUCCAUUGAAAGAACACAAAAUGGACCGAGAUUUCUAAUUUAUUUGUUGUGCACGUGAGGUUAUAAGAGAGGAAUUUUGCUGUGCAAAAGAGGCUUCUGUUCCUGACACUCAAGAUCAAAAAUUUUCAUUCAAAGUUUUUCUGACCUUUAAUUGGCCGUUUUUAUCUUUAUCCCUCCUCUACUUACGGAUGUGGGCUUGUUGCUGACAUGACCAGAGUCCUUAAAUAUUUUAUCCCUUCAGUCUUUGUGACCUUUUAAAGCCUUUUGCAGUUUCUGAACACUUUUUUAAAUAAAUGAGCGCUAAAGGAGAAAUACUGUACUUCUGAAGGAAAUGCACUGCACACACUUUGUAUGGGGGGGGCAGACAAACCCACACACUCCCACUCCUGGUCUCUUGAGUAGAUCUGGAGGAGUGUGUGCACUUCUCCAUCCAGCAGACAGAAAAAAAAUCCCUACAGUUUCAGUGCUGGAGAGAUUUUGAGCUCAGUGUAAACAGCAGCAUAGGAACUUGUGCGAAAUUUAAAACUUCUGAACUGGGAGCUUUUUGCCGAUGGUCUUAAUAUUAUAGCCGUAAAACUGUAGAACGUUUCUGCCAAGCUUUUUAAAGUAAACCUUUGGGUGCCAUCACUGGUCUGGUGGUGAGAUAAUCAGCGUUUCUGUUGGCUUGGAGUUAAUGCCAACCUCGUGCCUAAACUUUACUUCUUUUUUAUUAUUAUUAUUAUUAUUAUUAUUAUUAUUAUUAUUAUUAUCUCUUUAUAAAGCUUUAAAUGAUUUCACAUGUUGCCAGACUGAGGUUGAAGCGCAAUAAGGUGUUUGGUAGAUCUUUGUUUUUUAUGAUAUAUAUUUCUAUACAGAUUUGUUGAUACCAAACUAGGAUUUGUAAAUGUCCUCUUUUUGUAAAUGGUUUUUGAAAUUGCUCCACAGGAAUCUGUCAAAGCUGUAUCAUAUACAUGUAUAAAUAUAUCUAUCGGCCUUUUUUUCUUUAACUGUUGUAAACUGGUUGGUUUGACAAAUAAAGAUGUAAAUUAUGACCCUG